CCUUUUUUACAUAUAUAUCGUAAACAAUGAGAAUUAUUUUAGCGGAAACUGGAAAAGAGUUUGAGUUAGAUAAUGGCAUGUUGCUUUCGAAAUCGCCAUUGGACAAUGAGCUGUCCGUUAUAAAAACUCAAGUGGAAAAGAAAAUAGGAUUGAAAUAUUCAUGCCAUCCUCGUCCUAUUUAAUCGCCGGCUACUGCAGGAUCCUGCUUGCAUUCAACAAUUGGCUAGUGCCAUACCACAAGCAACACAAAGUUUAAUCGAUACUGACGCCAUUCCUAGCCUAAAAAAAUUGGAAUCUUGUAUGGACCAGUACGAGUCGCAAGAUAAUCAGACUGCCUUGUUUGAUAUGCUCCAUCAUAUAUUACAGGUGUGUGUGGAGGCUUCAAAUGAAAGACUGAUUGUCAUUGAUACACUUGUAUCUGAAUUGAAUGCACAGGCGAUAGCCCUAAACGCUGCAUUAAAUAACUCUGAAUCCCAUGUUCGAUCCGCGCAAGAAAAUAUUGGUAAAUUUGAUAGGAUAGCGCAGCGAGAAUUUUCUAAGCAGGUAAUAGCUAUUGUCGGUAUCGAUUUCGACAUUAAGUUGUUACAAAAUAUUCGAUUACACGCUCGCGUCAACGACACGAGAUUGUUAAGCGAAUGUGUACCGCUAGAAGAGCUUGAAAAUUGCAAACAAGGUAUCCUGAAAAACUACGAUGGACUUGUGAGCGCAACACUUGAGCAAAAAAACAAGGUGACUUAUCUGUAUCAGCAGACAUCUACUCUGGCUACGCAAAAAGCUAAUUGGGAAAUUGUACUACAACGAGUUCAAAAAAUGAAAAACCAGGUUUAUCGUUUUUCACAGUUGGUUCUGGAGAUUCAAACAGAGGUGUUGCAAGAGUUGAAAAGGAGACGAAGAAAGAGCAGGAAACUAGCAUUGCUUUAUCUCAACUUGGAUACACCACCCAAUUCUGAUAUCAGCACAACAACAGAAAAAAGAAACGGAAAACUGUUGAAUGCAAUGAGGUCACUUUAUUCGCAUGAGACAUUUAUUCAUUUGGCAGAAAAACUAGUCAUUGAUGAAAAACAAACUUCGCUCACUAGCUUUAUUCAUUGUAUGCAGUCCAUCAGUCAAGUUGAAGAGUCUGUGACCAAAAUUUACCCGAGAUUAGCCGAGCUGGAAAAGGAGAUAAAGUUACUAAGGCAAGACAUUGAAAAAGGAAAAGGUGCAACUGCAAGAAGAGUCAUUGUUGGCUAUGGUAUGCUGUUAAUCGAGCUAUGGCGAAGAGAUAAAUAUACGGAGAUUGUAAACGGAAAUGCAAGCUUACUGCAAAACUUAUUUGGUGAAUUUGGAGAGCUGGAACAGGCCUACCGUAAAAAUUUUGAAAGUGAAAUUAUCUGUCUUGACAAAAGCCAUAUUCUAUCCGUCGUGGGAAAUGAGGAGCAAGCUAUUUUACCAUUUCAAAUGGAAAAUAUUGAUGAUCCACCUAUCGUGUGCAAUGCUUCCAGUAAUUAUCAAGCAGACAUUGUUGAUAUUGUGACUAGAGGAGACGUUCAAGAGUAUAUCCAAAUGAUCCAGUCAUUUUAUGCGGAUAAUAUGCCUGUGAAUAAUGAAAAAAGAUCGCGGUCUAUGACUCGUGAUAUAUCCUCUCUUUUAUCUCGCAAGUUAGAAAGAGAAGAGAAAAGAAUUCGAACAGGUUUACUAAAAUUAGGAUUGCCCGGUGUAAGCCCAAAUGGAAAUACAACUCCGCACCGAAAAUAUUCGACACUUUUCACAAAAAUUUGAGUUCCUUUAGUCAUGCAUUUUUUUAAAACCAAAAACUUGUUAAUAAAAGGUAUCUCAAAUUCUACCAAACUUGACAAAAUAGCAAUAUAUAU